AUGAAUAAUAAACGGGUGCGUCUUGGUCGACCUUCAAGUAAAAAUUGGGAUCAUUUUGAAGAAGGGCUUAAAAGAAAUAGUGCGCAUAAAACAGCUAUUUGCAACUAUUGCGCAAAACAUAUUCUUGGUGUUUCAGAACAAAUGAUUAACCAUCUUUGUGAAUGUAAAAAUGCUGAACAGCAUGAAAAAAUAAUUAAAAAGAAUUCUCAAGUUAUAAUACAAGAAAGAACUGAAUCAGAACAUGAUAAAAGUGAUUUGCAAACUAGUAUACAAAUUAAUAAUGAAAAUGAAUAUAAUUUUCCUGAAGAUAUGGAA